GACACGGGCUUUAGGCUUCUCUCUGCUAAUCUAAUACGUUGACGUUUCUAUUCGAUACUGCGUCCCGCCAGUACAUACUUUGAGAAUUUCUCAUUAUUCAUUAAACAUUAUUAAACAUUUUGAAAUCAAAAUACAAAAAAUAAGGCUUUUUCUAUAGCUUAGAACCUUUCCUUAUUGUUACACGACUACAUAAAAAAAGAAAUGUUGCUUAUAUUUUUAUAACUAUAAAACAUCAGUUCAGUUGCUUUAAAUUAAUUAUUAAUAAUGGUGACGAUACAUAGCUAUUAUAAUUAUGAAGAAAUCUUGGAAAGGCAUCCUGAAAUGGUAUUAGUAUCAGAAUCACCUGUCACUUGGCAUGGCUUUUUAAUUAUCUCGCGUUCAUUAUGCGCUGCAUAUGAUUUUCAAAGUCCCAGAGUAAGAUUAAAAUUGAUCAUGCCUGUUUAUCCGUCAUUUGAAAGUGCACAUGUCAAGUUUGGUAGACAAAUAGCUUCUCUGCGAAAUACAGAAUUCCACAAAAGGGUGAAAGAAUUAAUAAAGGCCGCAUUCAAAACUGAACAAACAGUGUCUUCAUUUUUAACACAGUUACAAUCACUUAUUGGAGAAUAUAUGUGCAAUACUACAGAUACUAAAAUUCUCAUAUCUAAUCUUGACACUAUGAAGUAUUUUCUGCAAGAAUUAGAAGCAGCUCUUCAUUAUUUACCUGAUAUACUGAUAUCAUCUGAUCAAAAUUUAAAUAUCAUUAAAUUACACUACAGAGAUGUAUCUAUUACAUUGCAAAGGUGUAACAAUACUGAACUUCCUUGGAAAGUUAUUGCUUCUGAUUUGCCCAAUAUUCCAAUAUUUGAAGGUUUUGAAAAGAAUGUGACCAAUUUGAGUGUUGCAAAGACUAAGUUUCAAUGGCAAGUGAAAAUAUUGAAAAAAGCAUGGGAACAAUUAGAAGAAAUUGAUGAGAAUUGCUGGGUAACUGAUCCAUUAAAACCAAACAAGAGCCACAUGUACAGGCGUAUUCAUUUAUCUCAGUCUUUAUCUGUGAUAAUUAGAAUAGAGGAUCCAUUGAAUCCUGUUGCUUUGCCAUCAAUUCAAUUCUUAGGCAGUGACAAUGAAGCGAAACGGCAAAGGGAUGAUAUUAGCAAUAAAAUUGAUAAGUGGGAUCAUGAUUGCAGUAUUUUAGAAAACCUAAAAAUGCUAUUAAAUAUGUAUGAAUUUCCCGAACAACAAGAAAGUAUGGAAGAGAAGAAAGCCAUUAUCAGUAACCGUGAAUGCGGUAUAUGUUUUUCAGAUGAAUUACCAGACAAGAUAUGCAAUAAUGAAAAAUGCAUGAGACAUUUUCAUUCAGCAUGUUUAUCGAGGUGGUUACAAACAAUAACUGGGAAUCAAAUUGUGUUUGGCCAUAUUUAUGGUACUUGUCCAUAUUGCAAGGAGAAGAUUGCCUGUUCCAUUGAACAAUGAAGAUGUCUUAAUUCUUUUUUCAAAGGCACAUGUGUCAUCGAUUGAAAUCCUGCGACAAGAUGUAUCCUCGUCAAUUCUCUUUCGUCAUCAACGAUCGAUCUUGCAAUGGGAUAAAGUGCCGCUAUUCCCGAACCGAUACUAAACAUAACGAUCUGUCGGAAACUAUCAUAAAAAUGCGUUGAGCCAUGAGAAAAAUAAUUUUUAAAUUAUCUGCACAAAUAUUCACGCACCUGUUACUUUUAUAUUUGAAAUCCCCAUAUGGGCCUCUAAUAUCAAUUGCACUACCAAUUGAUGCAUUUUUUAGACGCGAACUAAAUUCACCCUGCUUAUAUAAUUUCACUAAUAAAACUAAACUAUUGCAUGUCCAAGAAAUUGGUGUAUAUGGACGAGAUUUACACCAGGAAUGUAGAAUAACAUGUUGUCCAGGUUCAAGAUGCAAACCAACAUUUUCUAUUUUGCAUUCUACAUAAUAAGUAAAAAUACUUUUUUAUAUGAGAUAAUGCAUUCAUGUUAAUAAUAGAGUCUGUUGAAAUUUACGAUUUUUUUGCAUGCAAUUGAAUAAUAGUAGUAACUUUAUAUAGAUUUAGUAAUAUGACUCACAUUCAUUCUUUUAUAUAAUUUUUUAUAUAAUAUAUUUUAUAUAAUUUAUUACAUUUUUAUUAUUGAUUCGAUAAGACAGUAAUACCUGGGUAUUUCAAGUGAACCAAAAAAUAAUCCUCUGAGGUUUCAAAUACAUCAGUGAUAAUAAAUACUUUAUAAGACAGAAGAGAUAAUAAAUUGUUAUUUGUUUCAACUUUUA